GUGUGUGUGUUUGCGCGUUAAUGUGCCCGUCCUUCACUUCUCCAUUGUCUGUGGCUGCUGCAUCUGGCGGAGGUGCUGCUGCUGUUGUCUCUUUGCUUCUUCUCCUUAGACAAGAGCCACUUCCCCCGGAGAGAAAUUUUAUGAAUAAGCAUCAGAAGCCGGUGCUAACAGGCCAACGGUUCAAAACUAGGAAGAGGGAUGAAAAAGAGAAAUUUGAACCAACCGUCUUCCGGGAUACAAUUGUCCAAGGUCUCAAUGAAGCUGGUGAUGACCUGGAAGCUGUAGCCAAGUUUCUGGAUGCUACAGGCUCAAGGCUAGAUUAUCGCCGCUAUGCCGACACUCUGUUUGACAUCUUGAUAGCUGGCAGCAUGCUAGCUCCCGGAGGGACAAGAAUCGAUGACAAUGACAAGACCAAGAUGACCAAUCACUGUGUGUUUUCCGCAGAUGAAGACCAUGAUGCCCUCCGAAAUUAUGCUCAGGUCUUCAACAAACUCAUCAGGAGAUAUAAAUAUUUGGAAAAGGCAUUUGAAGAUGAAAUUAAAAAGCUCCUGUUGUUCCUUAAAGCCUUUUCUGAAACAGAGCAGACAAAGCUGGCAAUGCUCACUGGAAUCUUGCUAGCCAACGGGACACUUCCUGCGACCAUUUUAACAAGCCUUUUCACUGACAACAUUGUCAAAGAAGGUAUUGCAGCCUCUUUCGCUGUCAAAUUGUUUAAAGCGUGGAUGCUCGAGAAGGAUGCCAAUUCAGUCACCUCCGCUUUAAGAAAAGCUAACUUAGACAAGAGGUUGCUAGAACUGUUUCCAGCCAACCGGCAGAAUGUGGAACAUUUUGCCAAGUAUUUCACUGACGCUGGCCUAAAGGAGUUGUCGGAUUUCCUCCGGGUCCAGCAGUCACUGGGGACUCGGAAAGAACUACAGAAAGAGCUUCAGGAGCGCCUUUCUCAGGAAUGCCCAAUUAAGGAGAUGGUGCUUUAUGUAAAAGAAGAAAUGAAGAGGAACGACCUGCCAGAACCGGCUGUGAUUGGACUCCUCUGGACCUGCAUAAUGAACGCUGUUGAAUGGAACAAGAAAGAAGAGCUGGUCGCCGAGCAAGCACUGAAACAUCUGAAGCAAUAUGCACCUUUACUGGCUGUAUUCAGCACCCAGGGACAAUCAGAGCUGAUCCUUCUCCAGAAGGUUCAGGAGUACUGUUAUGAUAACAUCCACUUUAUGAAAGCCUUUCAGAAGAUUGUGGUGCUCUUUUAUAAAGCUGAUGUCCUAAGUGAAGAAGCCAUCCUGAAGUGGUACAAAGAGGCACAUGUUGCCAAAGGCAAAAGUGUCUUCCUUGACCAGAUGAAGAAGUUUGUUGAGUGGCUACAUAAUGCUGAAGAAGAAUCCGAAUCUGAAGGGGAAGAAAACCAAGAUGGAUGAACAAAGCACAAAACAUAUUUGCUGUGGCCGGCUGCUUCUUGCGGAAUUUUGUACCGUUCAAAGAGAAAGACUCUUAUUCCAGUGUCAUAACGAAAAUUCUAGGCUAGGCUUUCCUUUUGUUUAGAAGAAUAAAAUGUUGGAGCCCUGAGACAUUAAAUGCUGAGACUCUUCUUCUGGCGCACUGUAGGCAGAGGCAUUCAGCAAGGAAACAACAUAUAGGAAAACUGAAGUAAUAUCCUUUAAGGACUCCUUUUUUAUUAACAGUCUUCAGGUACUACAUAUGAACACUUCAGUGUUUCUCCAUAGAGAUGUUCUGUGCGUGUAGCUCAAUAUUUGCUUGUGUGUGAUUUGACAUAAUCACAUUUUGGGGGAAAUUAAAUGGCUUUAAAAAAUCUUA